AUGGAAGCCCCAGGACACAGCGGUGCCGCGACUUCCUCACCGGAUACAGGACCAGAUAACACCCUUCUAAAAUGCCGCAACGAUGUCCUGGAAGCCACUUUGCACGUAGGCGACACGGACGUGGUGGUGGAGAUACGGUUUCUCUGCGUUGGGCCUCUUCACAAAAUGACGUGGAAACUUUGCUCGAGAAGCCGAGAUCCUUUUGCCGUCCCACUGUUAGCAUUGAACUGCUAUGCCGUUUUUGUGGCAUACGAUGGACUAAUUUACAGAGUUUAUGAUCAACGCUCUGACGAUACGGCAAAAUCUGUUCGAAUAUGCGGCGAGGCUCGUGUGAAACAGUUGGUCGCGGCGGGAGACCGAAUGCAUUAUGUAGACGAAGAAGGCCGAGUCUACAGUUUUGGGAGUGCCACCCACGGCGAACUAGGCUUGGGUGUUUGCUGCAUGGCGACGGAUGCGGAAAAACUUACGGCUGAACAAGUUCAAGGAUUACCCGUCAUUGAGCAAAUCGAAGUCACUGAUUUUCAUACAAUGGCUGUUACGGAAUCCGGCGAAACAUAUUUCUGGGGCUGGAAUCCGGACGACGAGCUGGGCGGCGAUUUCGGGGUGAUGGAAUGGCUACCAAAGAAGCUCGACGCCGAUUGUGAUUCCAGUGUUGAAGGAGGUGAUAAAGCU